AAGUUCUUACUAUAAAUGAACAGGAAUACACUUAGGAGUCGUCCCGAUAAACACAAGGAUCCUUUCCCGAAAGACUCACCAAAAGCGGAGUUUCAAAAGCUCGUUUUAGCAUCGAAUAGUUUCAAGUUUAAAGACGAUGGAUCGACAUCACGCAAUGCAACUCGGGAAAAUGAACAAUCUGAUGCAGACAUCUUUAGGGAAAAUAUCCUUACGCAUCUUGAUCCGGUCUGUAAGAACUAUCUGCCUUUUCACUCAUUUCUGAGAUUGGAGAACAUGUCAUAUAACUCUACUGAACAAGAUCGGGACAGGUCUCAAACCAAGGGACCCGCUGAAGAGUACAUCCCUGAGGCUGACGGUGUCAUCGAGAGCAACUACGAUGGAGUCGUGGAUGCUUUUGAUGACAUGAACCUCAGGGAGGAUUUACUCCGAGGCAUCUACGCUUAUGGUUUUGAAAAGCCUUCUGCUAUUCAGCAAAGAGCUAUUCUACCUUGUAUUGCAGGUCGAGAUGUCAUUGCCCAGGCUCAAUCUGGAACUGGGAAGACAGCUACAUUUUCCAUAGCCAUCUUGGAAAAACUUGACCUGAAUAAUCCCAACACACAAGCUCUGGUACUGGCUCCUACCAGAGAGUUGGCUCAGCAGAUCCAGAAAGUGGUUCUUGCUUUGGGAGACUACCUUGGUGCUCAGUGCCAUGCCUGCAUUGGAGGCACGUUGGUCAGAGAAGAUAUGAGGAAACUGGAGAGUGGAGCACAUGUUGUUGUUGGCACACCUGGUCGUGUCUAUGACAUGAUUAGCCGUCGUGCUCUUAAUACUAAGGACAUUAAAAUGUUUGUGCUAGAUGAAGCUGAUGAGAUGUUGUCCAGAGGUUUUAAAGAUCAAAUCUAUGAUGUCUUUAGGUAUAUGCCUACUGAGAUCCAAGUAAUUUUGUUGUCUGCCACUAUGCCCAGUGAUGUGCUUGAGGUAACCCAGAGAUUUAUGAGGGAUCCAGUUAGGAUUCUUGUUAAGAAAGAAGAGCUUACCCUUGAAGGUAUUCGUCAGUUCUAUGUUCAGGUAGAGAGGGAGGAGUGGAAACUGGACACACUUUGUGAUCUUUAUGAAACCUUGACCAUUACUCAAGCUGUCAUCUUCUGCAAUACUCGCAGGAAGGUCGACUGGCUGACUGAAAAAAUGAGCUCCCGGGAUUUUACUGUCUCUGCAAUGCAUGGAGAUAUGAAUCAGAAUGAGAGAGACUUGAUCAUGAGAGAAUUCCGUUCAGGAUCUAGCCGUGUACUCAUAACAACCGAUUUGCUGGCUCGAGGCAUUGAUGUCCAGCAAGUUUCCCUAGUCAUCAACUAUGAUCUGCCAGCUAACAGAGAAAACUACAUUCACAGAAUCGGACGUGGUGGUCGUUUUGGCCGUAAAGGUGUUGCUAUCAACUUUGUGACAUCUGAUGACAUUCGUACAUUGCGAGACAUUGAACAGUUUUACAACACCACCAUUGAGGAGAUGCCCAUGGAUGUUGCUGAUCUACUGUAAACUCUCUUCCUAGUGGAAUGGCUGCCCAUGCCCCAUGUUAUUGUUUGGUCACACUUGCUGGUGUGCUUGUAUAUUUGGUUUUCCACCCAACCUUUUUUUUUUUUUUUUGUGGUCUAGUUUUUAACUAUUUAUUAUCAUCUUUGUCACAAUAUCAUUAACUCAUUAAUGUUUCUGCCUUGGAGGGUGGGUGGGUAUCUUGUAUAAUAAUGAACAUUUUCUCGUGAUUGUGUUUUGUCUUGGUCUCUAGGUGUUGUUCUGUAUAUUUUAAGUUUUGGCAUCAGUCCAAAUCAAAAGGGAAUUCUCUAAGCAGAAGGCUGUAGCUUAAGUCUAUUCUAUUUUCUUGAACUACAUCAAUGGUUGAGCCAGCUAUGACAUCAAUGUUACUGAUGUACAUUUUAAUCUAUAUUAUCAACUAUUUUAACCUCCUCUUUCUGUGUGUUUGUCUCUUGUAAAUGCUCUAUGGAUGAAAGAGUUUGGGGGAAACUUGUCAUUGUUACAUGUUCAAGGCAUGUAUGAAUCAUGGCAUGGGAUAGUGUCAAAUGUUUACAUCUAAAGGGUUAUAUGAAAUGUUCAGAAACCUUGUCUACACUAAAUAGUAACAUAAUGAUGGAUGGAAUAAAGCAGUUGAACUUUA